AUGGUUCAAGCAUUCUAUCACGACAACAAAGACACCGAGUCUGACUUCACCAAGGAGCACAAUUCGGGAAUCCCCGUUUCCUUGGAGCAAUUGGAGAGUAUUGGCGUGUUUUACCGCAGAGUCGACACCGAAGAUGAGUUGAAUGCUAUUGCCAAAGAAAGAGAGUACAAGAACAGAGACAGCGUCAAGUUGAACGUGGAGACGUUCAAAAACGAUCUCGACGCCUUCAACGCCCAAAUGAAGAAGUUCUACAAGGAGCACUACCACGAGGACGAGGAGAUCAGAUACGUGGUGGAGGGCGAGGGCUACUUCGAUGUCCGGGACAAGGAAGACCGCUGGAUCAGAACCAAGUUGGUUCCCCACGACUUGUUGGUGUUGCCACUGGGCUGUUACCACCGUUUCACGUUGACAGAUGAGGCCAAGUACGUCAAGGCCAUCAGGUUGUUCAAGGACGAGCCUAAGUGGGAGGCCAUCAACAGGGACUUAAACAGGGACUCCGAGGCCAGGCAGGAGUACUUGAGGACGAUAGCUGCCUAG